CAAGUAUAAGAAAGAGAUAUUCUUACCAACCUCGAUAAACCACAAUAUGGCGAAACAAGACAACAGAUACGACAUCGUGAUCGUCGGCGCGGGUCCUGUUGGGAUUCUGCUGUCACUAUGUCUCUCUCGCUGGGGCUACAGAGUCAAACAUAUCGACAACCGCCCUGUGCCGACAGCCACUGGCCGCGCCGACGGUAUCCAGCCUCGCUCCAUCGAGAUUUUGAGAAAUCUCGGCUUGAAACGUGCUCUGAUGGCAUACGAGCCCGCCAAGGUAUACGAUGUCGCGUUCUGGGAUCCUCUUCCUGGUGGUAAAGGUAUUACUAGGACUGGCAACUGGCCUAGCUGUCCUCGUUUUAUUGAUACGAGAUACCCAUUUACUGCUUUGGUGCACCAAGGGAAAAUUGAAAAGAUGUUCCUGGACGAGAUUGAGAAAGCUGGCACAGUUGUUGACCGUCCCUGGACGAUCGUCGAUUUUGAGAAUAAUGGGACGGAUGCAGAGUAUCCUGUUGAAGUCAGUCUCAAGUGUUUGGAUACCAACGUCAUUGAGAAUGUGCGCGCCAAGUAUCUGUUUAGUGGAGAGGGUGCGCGCAGUUUUGUCCGGGAGAAAUUGGGGGUCAAGAUCAGCUAUAAGGAUCAGAUUUCUUUCGUCUGGGGUGUGAUGGAUGGUGUUGUACAGACCAAUUUCCCUGACAUCAAGACAAAAUGUACCAUACAUUCGGACAGCGGCUCAAUCAUGGUCAUUCCUCGUGAGGAUAACAUGGUCCGACUAUACGUGCAAAUCGCAUCUUCGACCGAUCCUGACUGGAACCCGCGAAAGACGGCCACUGUAGAAGAGGUACAAGCUGCUGCUAAGAAGAUUUUACGACCUUAUGUUAUUCAAUGGGACCGGGUUGAAUGGUACUCUGUGUAUCCUAUUGGACAGGGAAUUGCAGAAAAGUACACAUUGGACCACCGCGUAUUCAUGGGUGGAGAUGCUUGCCAUACUCACAGCCCCAAGGCAGGUCAAGGCAUGAACACAGCUUUCCAUGACGCACUCAAUUUCGCCUGGAAGAUGCACGCCGUUGAAUCUGGAUUCGCCAACCGAUCUCUCCUCGAGUCAUAUGAGCCAGAACGCAAGCAGAUUGCCGAGGACCUGCUUGCCUUUGACAAUAAAUACGCAGCCCUCUUUUCAAAACGUCCUCCCAGUGCAGAGGAAGUCGGUAAUGCUAAAUCGAACGAUGCCAAUGCCGAAGAGAACGAGUUUGUGCAGACUUUCAAGUCUUCUUGCGAGUUCACUAGUGGAUACGGAGUUGCAUACGACCCUAACGUCAUCAACUGGAGUCCCAGUCAUCCCGCUCAGUCACACUUGUUCGGCAUUGAUGGUGUGAAACUCGUACCCGGCAGGGCUUUCACCCCUACGACUGUCACACGUCUCUCUGACGCCAACAUGAUCCAUUUAGAACAAGAAGUGCCCGCAAACGGCUCAUUCCGAGUCUUUGUCUUUGCGGGUACACCACAAAAAAGCAAAAAGGCCCUUGAAGACUUUGCCAGCUAUAUCGAAAAGGAGAAGUCUUUCCUAUCUGUUUACCGCCGGCCUGAUAUCGCCAACGUAUCAUACUUUGAGCGACAUAACCCGCAUUCCAAACUGUUCACUCUCAACUUUAUCUUCGCCUCUGAGAAAAAUGGCGUUGAUAUGCAGUCUUUGCCUCAGAUUGUCAAGGAUUAUCACCAUCACAUCUAUGCCGAUGAUAUCCCUGACGUGCGAGUACCGCAUGCUAAGUACUCGGCACAUGAGAAGCUGGGAUUUGAUCCUGAGCAGGGUGGUGUUGUUGUUGUUCGUCCUGAUAGUCAUGUUGCUUGCAUUGUUCGUCUAGUCGAGGGGAGUGGUACGGUUGAUGCAUUGAAUGCAUAUUUCAAUGCUUUCUCGUCGAAGCCUUUGGGACAGGGGCCAGGUAGUCAUCUUUGAUCGAUAGAUU